AUGGUCAACCUUGGCACCGACGAUCCCAUAAUUCUCCUACCCGGGGACGAGAUCGUGACCACAUGCGAGUUCAGCACGGCCAAGUUAGACCACUCAGUGGUGCAGGGGGAGGCAACCUCUGAUGAGAUGUGCAGCGGGGUACUCACCUACUACCCGAAGAGCAACGUGACUAACGAAUUUUGCUUCAGUGGAGGCCCGGGUAUCAGUUACUGUGAUCCCGCCUCGUGGUCAAGGUUUCAAUGUGCCGACCCCUACGCGUUUCUCUCUCCGUCAAGCGUCAACGUCUCCUCACUCUACCAGGGCCUGGUGUCCAACUGUCGGCCGUUCGGUCCCUGUCUGCAGGAGUGUGUCCAGUACAUCACACAACAGGCCCGUGUCGACGGUUGUCUCAGGGGCGAAAUAUACAAAUAUAUACAGGAAAAUAUCCUGAGCUUCCACGAAGAGGGCCGUAACAUGAUGGCCCUGAUGGCCUCAUGCCAGACGGAAGUUUACCUGGCCAUGGCAGCCAUUACGCCAACCGUUGAGGAGCGGGGACUGGCUCUCCAUAUCAGUGCUGGAGCUCUGCUGGUCGUGUUGGUGCCAGCUCUAGUCCUGCUGUUCUAGGAAAGGACAGAGUGUAGGCGAUGACAGCAUUUAAUGUGUGACUUAUAAUGUAUAUAAUUUGGUUUUCAUUUUUCUAAUAGGUAUCUAUGGCCUAUUUUAUUUUAAGUGCGUCGGAUAUUAGCAAUUUAGUUAUUUCUUUGCUUUGUCACUAAUAUGGUUCAACGUGUAGUAAAGCACAUUGCGCUUUGACCAAUAACUAUUUUAUAAAAUAUUUUUCUCAAACAAAAAUUACAUUAAAAUAUAAAGUCCUAAAAUUCACGUGUAACGUGUAGUAAAGC